GCGAGAACAAUGGGUGCGCACGUCCUCUGCGCGCUGCUGUCAGUCUUGUUGGUUGUUAUGGCGGAGGAGAGAAACACCACAGAAGAUUCUGGGGCAGUUUGUCAAUAUCUGAUGUUGCCGGAAUCAAAUAAUGCAGGCCCGUUGCCAGAGUUACCAACACCGGACGCAGUGACAGGCAAUAAUGCAGGCCUGUUGCCAGAGUUACCAACACCGGACCCAGAGACAGGCAAGCCAGGGGCCUGGGAACUAGGUGCGCCAGUAGCAGAACCAGAGGACGUCGAGGAAUAUAGACCAACACCUGCAUACGAAGCUGUUGCAUGGGCGAGGGGUUGGGGAGAAGGGAGGCGUACGACCCAGGACGAGUAUCAAAAUGUUAAUUCAAUGACAUGA